AUGGAUGACCCCUAUCACAACAACGUGAGCCAGCAGGUGACAGAAGGUGGGGAGUACACCUACACCCAGGAUGGUGGAGGUCAAGAUGGCUACCCCUACCAGGCAGACUACCCUCCGCAGGAUGAGGACGCUCGUAGCGACGCCACGGAGGGCGCGGACGAUGACGAGCAGAUGUACGAGGGGGAGUACCAAGGCGUUCCCCACCCCGACGAGAUCAAGGAGGCGAGGCGGGCAGCUCGGAUGGAGGCCAGGAGGAAAGCCCGCCAGGCUGUCCAGCAGGAAGAUGAGGAGGAAAACCUGCCAGAGCAGUACGAGACCAUCAUGGAGGACUGCGGACACGGGCGCUUCCAGUGGAUGCUGUUCAUCGUGCUGGGCCUGGCACUGAUGGCCGACGGAGUGGACGGCUUCGUGGUGGGCUUCGUCCUGCCCAGUGCUGAGAAGGACAUGUGCAUGUCCAACUCCAACAAGGGAUUGCUGGGUCUGCUGGUGUACGUGGCCAUGAUGGUGGGGGCGCUGGUGUGGGGGGGCCUGUGCGACAAGAUGGGGAGGAGGAAGUGUCUGAUCUACGUCCUGACCAUCGACCUGGUCUUCUCCUUCCUGUCCUGCUUCGCUCAGAGCUACGGCUUCUUCCUCUUCUUCCGCUUCUGCUCCGGCUUUGGAAUCGGCGGCUCCAUCCCGAUAGUGUACACCUACUACGCCGAGUUCCUGCAGAUGGAUAAACGGGGGGAGCAUCUGAGCUGGCUCUGCAUGUUCUGGAUGCUGGGAGGCCUGUACGCCUCCUUCACUGCCUGGGGAAUCAUCCCUCACUAUGGCUGGGGCUUUGCUAUCGGCACAGAGUUCCAGAUCCAAAGUUGGAGGUUAUUCAUUCUGGUGUGCCUCUUCCCUGCGCUGGCUGCACUCGUCGGAGUCGUCUUCAUGCCGGAGCCCCGUUUCCUCCUGGAGAGUGCCCGACAUGAUGAGGCGUGGAUGAUCCUGCGACGAGUUCACGACACCAACUGGAAGGCCAAGGGGGAGCCAGAGAAAGUGUUCACUGCGACCAACAUUAAGACACCACAAACCCAGGAGGACGAGUUCAUAGAGAUCCAGAGUGACACCGGGACGGCCUUCCAGCGCUGGACCGUCAGACACAUGACCAUGCUGCAACAGGUGAUGGCUAACAUCAUGUCCCUAUCAGCCCCAGAGCUCAGACUGCAAGGCCUCUUCCUGGUUAUUGUCUGGUUCUGCUUGGCUUUCAGCUACCACGGGCUGGGAGUGUGGUUUCCGGACAUGAUCAAAUACAUGCAGUAUGAAGAGUACGAGUCCAAGGUCAAAGUGUUUCACCGAGAACGGGUCGAACGUUUCCACUUCAACUUCUCUCUGGUAAACCAGAUCCACCGCGAGGGAGAGUACAUCCAUGACAAGUUUGCGAACAUUGAGAUAAGGUCUGUCAAGUUCGAGGAUUCUCUGUUUGAAAACUGCUACUUUGAGGAUGUCAAGUCAACCAACACCUUCUUUGAGAAUUGCACCAUCAAAAACACCAUCUUCUAUAACACAGACCUCUGGCACGAGAAGUUCAAAGACUGUCGAAUGGAGAACACCACCUUCCUCCAUCCGAAAAAGGGCUGCCAUCUGAACUUCCAGGAGGAGAACGACAUCGUCAUCUACAUGGUCACCUUCCUGGGCAGUUUGGCUGUGUUGCCUGGCAACAUCAUCUCAGCACUGUUCAUGGACAAAAUAGGAAGAAUAAGGAUAAUAGGUGGUUCUAUGUUGGCGUCGUCUGCCUGCACUUUCCUGUUGCUGCUAAGUUUCAGUCAAGGAGCUGUAAUAUGUUGGCAAUGUCUCUUCUAUGGCACCAGCGUGGCGGCCUGGAACGGAUUAGAGGUCAUAUCUGUGGAACUCUACCCCUCCUCUAAAAGAGGGACAGCGUUCGGUAUCCUGAAUGGGAUCUGUAAGUUUGCCACCAUCCUUGCCAGCUUCAUCUUUGCAGCCUUCAUCGGCAUCACUAAGAUCAUCCCCAUCUUCCUGGCCUUCAUCGCCCUUGUCUGCGGAGGUCUGGUGGCUCUCAAGCUGCCUGAAACCCGGGAGAAAAUCCUCUCCUGA